UUGAUGUACUCUCGGUCACAACAGAAAAUGAGGUCAUUCACAACCAACGGAUGUUCUCAAGCUCUCAGACAUGUUGYUUUCUCAGUAAAUAGGGUUUGCGCUACGCAGUUGAACACUUUCACUGCUGUAUGUGUAAAAUAGGACAUGUCACAUUGAAGCUACAGACAAUAGUUCACAGURACUGUGAUGUUUAUAUCUUCUCUUUUUUGUCAUGGACUUGAUUGUACAUCAUGACAUUCAAUAACUAAAUCAUGAUAGAAGGCCUACUAUMUUCUGCAAAAAUAUAUUUUUUCUCCACAGGUGAUAAARAUGGAGGUGCAUAAUGAGACGCAAACAGAUGAAUAUGAUUAUUAUUACACAAAAGACUACACUGAKGGUUAUCCUGAUGAAAGCGAAAUAGAAUAUAUCUGUAACCUGAAUAUCAACCGUGAUAUGGAGAUAGUCAUACAGACCUACGUCCAUUCCUUCAUCUGUGCAUUCGGUCUCUGUGGCAAUGCGUUGGUGAUUGUCACAUAUGCCUUCUACAAGAAAGCCAAGACCAUGACGGAUGUGUACCUUCUGAACGUGGCUGUAGCAGAUCUGCUGUUCAUCGUGACCCUGCCACUCAUCAUCUACAAUGAGCAGCAUGACUGGAGCAUGGGCUCAGUGGUCUGCAAGGCCCUACGAGGAGCCUACAGCAUCAACCUGUACAGUGGCAUGCUCCUGCUGGCCUGCAUCAGUGGAGACCGAUACAUCUCCAUCGUCCAGGCCAGGCGCUCCUUCGGCCUCCGCUCCCGGACCCUGAUCUACAGCCGCCUCAUCUGCACAGCCAUCUGGGCUCUGGCCAUAGCCCUGUCUAUCCCCACAGUCAUCUACAACAAGCGGGUUGAGGAGACCAACAGGUUGGGAGAGACUAUAGCCGUGUGCCAGGUGCAGUUUGAAAGUAACAAGACCGCCCGGCUGAUAAAGGUGCUGGUACCCAGUCUGCAGAUGACCAUGGGGUUCUUCCUGCCCAUCCUGGUCAUGGUCCUCUGUUAUGCCAGCAUCAUCUGGACCCUCCUGAGGGCCCACAGCACCCAGAGGCACAAGGCAGUGCGUGUGAUCCUAGCUGUGGUCGUGGUCUUCAUCGUGUGCCACUUGCCCUACAACAUGGCCCUGCUCUACCACACAGUGGCUCUGUUCCACGAGAGGGGGUGUGAGGGGGAGAAAGUCAUCCUCACCACCCUCACCACCACCAGGAGCGUGGCCUACCUCCACUGCUGCCUCAACCCCAUCCUGUACGCCUUCAUCGGGGUCAAGUUCAGGAACCACUUCAGGAAGAUCCUGGCGGAUCUGUGGUGCCUGGGCAGGAAGUACAUCUACCCCUCGGGUCGCUCCUCACGCAUGACCUCUGACCUCUAUAUCCCAGCUCGCAAGUCCACUGACGGAUCCAACAACGAGAAUGGCUCCUCGUUCACCAUGUGAAGAUGGGAGUAGGUUGAGAUUGCCUCCAACUACAGGAAGUCCAGUAGUGACUGUUAUAUUCAAUAUGAGCAUUUGUUUGAUGCUGUAGCUACAGUACAUGGUAUUUGUAAUUUGGAUGCUGAUCAUUAUGUAUUGAAAUUGCUCUAAUGUCCAAUAUUUCUCUUUGCUUAUGUUGGGGAUGAAUCAGAAUUAGUUGGGUAACAUA